GGUGCUACUGGUAGUUCGAGGUGCUACUGGUAGUUGUGGCAAUAAACACUUUCGAUCUGGGAUGUGCCCUUCUAUCACAAUAUAUCACAAGCUGAGGAGUGGGAACUGGGGAGAGACCUCGCCUCUUGGUUCGCUCGGAGAAGGAGAAGCGAACACCGUCGCCCGUCGGGGAGGAGAGGACAUAACCCUGCUCGGAGAAGUGAGCACCAUUGAGGAGGUGGAGGAGCACUCAGGUCUUCUGUCGGCCUACAUGUGAAACGCUCCGGCUCGGCCAACCAGUUCGAAGCAAUGUCCGACAGGGCUGAUGACGAGGGGAACACGGAUAUGGUAGUGGCUGGCGGCGAGGACCCCAUCGUCGCCCUCCCGGACGACGUCCGAAGGUACCUCAUGUCGUUCUUGCCUUCCCGGGAUGCUGUGCGGACCUGCGUCCUCGCCAAGAGCUGGCGCACGUUCUGGAAGUCCGUGCCCGCCCUGCGCAUCAGCGACCCUGAGAGCUUCGAGGGUGCGCAUGGCUUGAGCACGUUUGUGGACGAGCUGAUUCGCCUCCGCGACCCAGUGCCUCUGAAUGUCUGUGACAUCAGUUCUGCUGUUCACUACGAUCCCGAUCCUAGCUGCGACUUCGAUCGGAGGGACGGCGAAUUCCGGCGCAUGGAACCGUGGCUCAAGCACGCUGUAUCCAAUCGAGUCCAAGUGCUACGAGUUCGUUUUGUUUGCUGGGUAACCAACAUGACUCUCGUCUCCUCACACUUGAAGAGGGUAGAGUUCUACGACGUAAAGUUUGAGGGACGCUGUCUGGAUUUUUCGAGCUGUCAGGUGCUAGAGGUGUUGGAGUUAAAUAACUGUCAGAUCUUCGCGAAUAUCUCAUCCAAAUCAUUACGACAUCUAAAGAUUGAUGGCUCAGUUUUGCGCGGCUUUUAUGCGCGCAUACGCAUUUUUGCCCCAAAUCUUACUAGUUUUCAACUAGUUGCAUUCAGCGGUUUGGCUCCUUUCCUUGAGAGCAUGCCAUCACUGGUAACCGCAUCCGUUAAGCUUGGAGGAGCAUACAUAGGAGAGUGCAUGGACUGUUGUAGCUGUGGUAAUCGAUCAUGUGAGGGAUGCACUGUUCAAACUGGAAACAAUGACAGUUCUGUGGUUCUCAAAAGCUUGUCAGGUGCUAUGAAUUUGGAGUUGACAACAGAAGAUAACAUGAUUGUUUACAGAAAUUAUUUGAAAUGCUACCCGUUUUUUGGCAAGCUAAAAACGCUCCUGCUCAAUCAGUGGUGUAUGGUUGAUAACUUCACUGUACUGGUUUACUUUCUUCACCACUCACCAAUUCUAGAGGUGCUUACGCUGCAGCUUCAUUUUGAAACUCGGGAGGAACAGCUUGUCACCGAAACAGAUGAAAGCUACAAUUCAAGUGUACCAUCAAUUAUAUCAAAUCAUCUCAAGGUAGUCAAAAUCAUAUGUGACACAAAGGAAGAUGCAAGGCUUCACCAUAUUUUAACGAUCCUCUGUACUCAUGGAGUACCUUCUGAGCAAAUUGACAUCCAGUAAACUCGGUUUGCCUGUUUUCGUUUCGAGCUGGACGCGUUCAGUUGAGCUGGUCUACCUUGUCCCUGGUUAUUCGAACUUUUAUGUCUCUGGAUGUAGUACCAUCCAGUGUGCCUAUUCAUAUGAACUCGUAUGUAUCUUGCUGCGUGGCUUGUUGCCUGGAUGCAGUUGAAGUGUCUCUGUAGUCUGCUAGUGCACUUUUGGUUCGUCUGAACCUGUCUACUGUUGUUUCAGAUUGUGCUACUACGUACCGUUUUAUUGUCUGGACCUCUUUCUUAGCUUCCAUGUGGACUUAUAAUCAAGUCUUAGUUAUACUUGGAUGAUGUGUGAGUUUGUCUA